UUUAUAAGGCAUCAGUUUGACACCAAUCACCUUCCACAUUCUCUCUUUGAUUUUCUUUUUCAUCGUUAUUUCAAUUCGUCUUCCCACUUCUUGUGUAUAUCAAGCAUUUCUUUUCUCUAUAUCUAUAAAACUGCUUCUGCUUUCGGUUAUCAAAAUUGUGGGUUGGGGGCGACUUGGUUUUCUUUAAUGAGCAGAGAUGGCUGUGAUGAUGGGAUAUGGUGGUGGUAAUAGUUUUGCAGCGAAAAUGGAGGAAAGUGCUUUGAGAGAAGCUGCAACUGCUGGGAUUCAAGGUGUUGAAGAAUUGAUAGGAUUGAUGACAAAAAGUCAACAGCUUUACAAUCGAGAUGCUUCUUUUAAAACUUCCUCUCCUUCAGAUUCUGAGCCAGCUAUGGAAAUCCAAGCUGUAACAGAUAAGACGGUUAAUUCCUUCAAGAAGGUUAUCUCUUUACUGGAUCGACCGAGGACUGGCCAUGCUCGAUUUAGACGUGCCCCUAUUAGUCCUCUCCAACAAGAAGAGAAACAACAGCAACGAGAGUCACAACAACGUGUGCAGACUAUUCAAGAGUCGGUAACUUCUUCUGUUCAAGUAACCAAAGAUCAGGUGUCUGCUUUUAAGCCUUUUUGUCCAACCCCAGGUCAUAGGUUGCCUCCUUUACCUCAUAAUCACCACCAGAGUAAAAGCAGUCCUCUUCUGGUGACAAAGUCUGGUCUUUUGGAGAGAAAUGAAGCGCCUAGUACUAUCAAUUUCUCAUCUUCGGCUCCCUUUUCUGCUGGGAAUUCUUUUAUGUCUUCAUUGACAGGGGAUACUGAUAGCAUGCAGCCAUCUUUCUCUUCUAGCUUCCAAUUUACUAGUCCUUCCCAUAUCCCUUCUUCUGGUAAACCUCCUUUAUCUUCCUUUUUGAAAAGGAAGUGCAAUUCCAUGGAUGAUGCUGCUCUCAAGUGUGGAUCAUCCUCUGACCGUUGCCACUGCUCCAAGAAAAGGAAACAAAGAGUGAAGAGAGUCAUUAGAGUUCCAGCUAUUAGCAACAAGAUGGCUGAUAUUCCUCCCGAUGAUUAUUCCUGGAGAAAAUAUGGCCAGAAACCAAUCAAGGGUUCUCCUCAUCCAAGGGGCUAUUACAAGUGUAGCAGCGUAAGAGGCUGCCCUGCAAGAAAACAUGUAGAGCGAGCUCUAGACGAUGCAAGGAUGCUGAUUGUAACAUAUGAAGGAGAUCACAAUCAUAGCCAUAACAACACAGACGAGCCAGUAGCUUUGGUCCUGGAGUCAUCUUAGUCCCCACCAUCCAACGGCCCUGAAAUGGUCAUCAAAUUGAACCAGACCCGUUAAAGGGCAUAUCUUGAAAGAUCAAGCUAUUCGUAGGGUUUGUUCAGAUGGUCAACUUAGAGCCAGGCUGUUUCCAAGAAGACCAGAAGGUUGAUUGGUGGGUACGCUAGCUGUUUAAAGAAACAAUAUAGGAUUCCUUGUUUUUGGUUUUAGCACAAGACUUGGACCAAAAAAGAAAUAGGCAUAGAUUAGGAGAUUGUGGAUUUGGUGGGAGUUGAAACAUGCAAGUAGUGGGGGUUUUCUUUUUCAUCUUUCUAUUUUUUAAUGUUCUUAUACUCAAUUACCAGAAUCUUUUUUAGCUUUAAUAUAUAUUAUACAAUAUGGUGGAUCUUGCUGAGGCUGCUCUCACUUUAUUUUGUUCCAAUGUCCACUAAACCCCUGAAUUCUGAUCCACUAUUUUAUUUCAUGAGGCAAAUGGGUGUUGCAGUAAAUUAACAGAUCAGAAAUUUUCAUUUAACAUUUGAUGGUGUCUUGCAUGUGAAGGUUGACUUGAUACUGAAUUUAAGAGUGUGAUAAAGAAAGGAAAACAAAAAACUAUGGUGGUUCUUUUGUCAGCUUGUGAUUGUUCCCAAGUUCAAAUUCUAUGAAUUUUGUGGACUGAGGUUGCAAUCAUGGAUUAAUGGUCGGAUUUGGUAGUGGUAGAGAAUCAAUAUUGUUGGGUUUUUGGUUUAUUGAGAGCUCCAUUUCAAAUUGGAUAAUAAUAGUAAGUCAAACUGGCUGGUCUGGCGUGUUGAUAUGUUUGUCCCCCACCCCACUCCCUUUUUUUCUUCCAAUUUGAACAUCUGCUGUCUAUUUUCUUUGCUUUUCCAAGUUUUUCAGAUUAAGAAUUUAGAAUAGCAUUUCUAUUUUCUUGUUAUUCAAUCGAUAGGGUUAGACAUUGCUUCACAAAACUUUUACUAUUUAGGUCAAACUUAAACUGUACUCUACGAAUAUUUUUCUACCGUUCUUCAUUGCAUUUGAAUUUCGAAGCCUAUCUUAAAUUCAAAAGAAAAGUCACAUUCGUUUACCUAUACUGCCAGGAGGGUUCAAGUCUAUGCUCCUUGAGAAAUGUCCUUUUGAAUUUCUUCAUUUAUGACCGUGACGAGUAUUUGCUAUAUUUGAUUUCUUGACCAAUGGUGAUUCCCUGCCAUCGCUGUCGUCUACUCAAAGUUGCCAUGUUCACUUUCAACAAGAUGACAUGCUACUCUCUUCUUUUGGGAGAUUGAUUUAACUCCUUUCAAAUUCAACCUUCCUCUUUUCCAACUAAAAAUCUCCAUUCAUCAACAACAAAAACUUGUCUGGAAUUUAUGUAAUCUGUCACAUGCUAAAAGCCAAAAAAGAUAAAGUUCAAAAUCAAUUACGAACCUUGUUUGACAUUACAUUUUAAAUUCAAAUCGGUUUUCAGAAAUUCAAGUACGACGGCAAGGCAUCAUAAAUUUGAGCUCCACACAAGAAAUUUUAAGCCAUCCUUGUUGCAGGUUUUGUGUUAUGAUUUUGCAGAUAGCACCCAAACAAGAUGCUGGUUAUUCAUGCUUUAAGCUCUGUUCAUUUCUUUUUGUUCAAGUAUAGCUGAUAGAAUUUGGUCAAUGAAACCUUUCUCCAGAGUGGGAAAGGAAAAAGUGAAAGGUUGAAUCUCAAAGACAAAACUUUACUUUGAAACCAAGAAAA